ACUUGCUGUCAAGACAACACAAGCGUGUUGGUUUACCGCAGUCACGUUUAUGGGCCCUUGAUUCCAGCCGGAGAGCAAUUCUUUUGAGUUUUUCCUUAAAAUCUAUCUGAUUUUCUCCACAAUAUGGAUGAAGAAAGAGAAGAACAAGCGCUCAUAUGUGUACCCGGUCAAGUGUUGUGUGCGGCGUCCGAAUUCACAGUGGCCGGCGAGGGAACGUACGAAAAGCUUGGCUACAUUCACGCCACGCUUGCCGGCAUAGUGCAGAUGAAGAAGCGCGAGAAAAACACAUUCAUCUCCGUGGUAUCGUUCGGCGGUGGAGCCACGGUUCCGAUAAUAGGGGACAUCGUUACGGCACGCAUCACUGCAGUGCAACAUCGGAUGGCUAAGUGUCGCAUCCUGUGCAUCGGAAAGGCGGCACUGAAUCGCACGCUACGAGGAAUCAUCCGCAAAGAGGACGUUCGAGCGACGGAGGUAGAUCGAGUAGAAAUGCACAAAUGCUUCCGACCGGGUGAUAUUGUGCUGGCCCGCGUGCUGCAUCAGAUCGAGCUGAAUGUGUUCCAUCUUUCUACGGCCGAUAACGAAUUGGGCGUUGUGGUGGCGUUAUCGCCCAGUUCGCGAGCCAUCUGGGGAGCAGAACCGAUUCCGAUGGUUCCGAUCAGUUGGACGGAGGUGCAGUGUCCGCAAACGCUGGUUAAAGAAUCGCGCAAAGUGGCCAAGGUGGUGCCGGAGAAAGGGGUAACGUUGAAGAAAAAUCUUGCGUUGUUUUAAGAGUGAAAAUUUUUUUUCACAAAUAUUUGAAGAAAUCAAAUAAAAUCAAACGUACAGCGGGACAAAACCGUGUGCUGUGAAACCGAACAA